AUGUUAGCUCUUUUCCUUCAAAGAGCUAAUCUACGAGAAUCAUCGGAUAUACAAUUUUAUGCCAACCUUUUUAUCGAUGGGUUGUACCUUAACGAUGCCUUUCAAGACGAUUGGCCAAAUAUCAAAGAGAUGAUUAAUACUUUCUUCAAACCAAAAGCUCCAUUAUAUUCUCUUUUAACAAACGUAUAUAAGAAUACAACAGAAUUAAAUGAAUUUCAUGAAUAUGUUUCCCAGUACAUUGUCAAUACAACUCUCUUAACAAAUCCAGACUUUGGAAUGGAUACAUUUUUGGGUAAAGAGAUCAACGGAAAAACAUUGACUGAAUUACUAUAUGAAAAUAGAAAGUAUAUUAAGUCCCUUGGAAACAUUCUUGAAUUUGACGGAGACAAACUCUAUGAACUCGUUACAAACUUAAAGGAAAACCCAGACAAAGCACAACUUGUGGAUCUUCUUGAUGGUCUUAAGCUUGGCACGGGAUUUAUUUAUGACAUGUUUGACAUUUUUAAUUUCAUAUUCACAAAGAAAGAUACAUUCCUAUUAGAAGAUGCUCCUUCUCACAUAUUCUACGAGAAAGAUGUUGUUAUGAAUCUCAUUGCUGACAUUCCUAAGAUGGUCAGUGAUGAUAAGAUUACAAUUGCAGAACUUUUCAGGGAACUUAACUACAUGGUUGAUUAUGCAUUUGGAUCUUGGGAAGCAGUCAAACUCUUAACAAAGCACAUUUGUUUGCUUAUAUUUGAACCAUUUACAAGAACAAUUCCUAAGUCAAAUAAGGAUAUCGUAAAGAAAGUCAAGGAUAUCAUCCAAUUGUACAAUGAUCUACUUGCUGAUACCCAAAUUAGCAAUGAAGUCAAAGAAAGCGUUAAAUUGCUUCAGGUUGCAGUAGAUGGCCUUCAAAGCUUCAUCGAUAAAGGUUUCUCCGUUGAAUCAAUGACAACAUUCCUAUUUGGUGUUGAAUUUGCAGCAAAGGCAUCAACAAAAGGACGCUCAAUAGUUGGAUCAGUUCCAUUAAACGUCAGUUUAGAAAGUGCUGGAACAAUAAUCAGGGCAAUUUCAAGAUCUGGUGUUUCAACAAAGGAAUUAAUACUCGCAAUUGGACAAAUGCGUAUGGAUUUCUUUGAAGCUCCACAGACACCUGAAGAAUUCUACAACAGUGUUAGAACAGCUGUCAAAACAACCACUCAGGUAGUUGACAUUGUUAAAGAAAUGAUGGAUGUAGCUAAAACAGUUCUGGAAGUUGGAGAUCAAGUAAGAGAGCUAUUGAACGAAACAAAGGAAUUGAUUAAAAUAUUGUCACCUGUCAAUGGAGUUGUUACAGUACUCGAUUUCUUUGGUUUCAAUAAAUACAAAUCAGAGAACAUAGUUGGACUUUUUGCAGAAAUCACAAAAUUAUUGAAGAAGCUUGGAUUUUACCUUCCAAUUAAAGAAACUGCAACUGAUUUCUUUGAAAAGCUUCAAAAAAUUGAUUUUGACAAGAAUCCAAAGCUUUCCGAUAUUUACGGAAAAACUUCUGAUCCUCAAUCAACAACAAGCUUCAUUAUUGGUCUUCAGAAAAUGAUGAAUGGACAGAACUUUGGAGAGGCAUUUGCAGACUUCACAUUUAUGGGAAUUAAUCCAGCUCAAACAAUGAAGAAUAUUAAGAACCUUACUGAAAACCAGCAGUCACUUAAUGGCUUAAUUAACUGUAUUUCAACUGGUUCUGGAGUUGCUGAGGCUGCUAAGAAUGUUGCCAAGGCAGUUGAAGCAUUCGCAAAGAAUGAAGAUGCAACAUUUGAUUCAUUACUCUCUGCAGCUGGCGUUAAUACAAAAGAUUUCUUCAAAUAUACAGAUGCUUACCUUGGUCCUGCUUCAAACGACUUAGGUGAAACAUUCACACAAUUCCUUGAAAUUAAAGGCGAAGAUUUCUCCGCAGAUUUGAAUACUGUAUCUAUGAGGGUUAACACAACAAAAAUGGUCACAGUCGAUGAUGUAGCAACGCUCUCAAACUCCAUUAGUGCCAAUGUAGUUAAGCCAACGAAGAAGAAUCUCUCAUCAAGCAAAGCAUGGAUAGCAGCUGUUGUUAUUGUUGUUAUAGUAAUAAUAGCAGGAGUAGCUGUUGCUGGUUUCUUCCUUUGGAAGAAGAAAAUGUGGUUCUUUGCAGAAAAGAAAGAUGAUAAUGAAGACAACUCUAAUGAGGAAGAAAAAAAUAAAUCUUCUGAAGCUUAA